UCAAUCUAAAACUAAAAAUCUCUCCAUAGAAGCCGCUUCCGCUUUCGUUCCCUAAAACCCUACAUCACAGAGUGCGUCAGUCAUCGUAAGAUCUAGGGUUUCGGAAAUCGCCGGUGAAUGCUAAAUUUUUUACGUUCAAAUACAAUAGUUGUCAUCCUCUUCUUCUCAACCCGCAGAGAGUACAAUUGCUAUAACUAUGGCUGCCACCAAUAAUACCCCAACACAACUGGACAAAGACCAGAUCUUUGGUAUGGCAGAAAAGGAGAUGGAGUACAGAGUUGAAAUGUUCAACAAGCUAACCCACACAUGUUUCAACAAGUGCGUUGAGAAAAGGUACAAGGAAGCGGAGCUAAACAUGGGUGAAAAUAGCUGCAUUGAUCGCUGUGUUUCGAAGUACUGGCAGGUGACCAAUCUCAUUGGGCAAUUGCUCGGUUCCAAUCGGCCUCCAAUGUGAAUUUUGUACAUGCUCUUCCAAUCAGCAAGCGGCUGCCAUGGAAGACCUGGAGAUUUUGUUUACCUUUUCCUUCGUGCCUUGCCUACAUUUUCUUAGCGGAUGGUAGUUUGUUGUUUACAAAUUUUCUGAUGGAAUAUAAACUAAUGUCAUUGUUUCAACAUGCUUACAUGGGUAUAACUUGAGCCUUUUAUAUUAUUAAAGUUAAGGCUAUUAGAUAUCAUGGCUGUUUUGUAUCUUGGAACAUCGAAUGAAAUAAAUACUGCCAUGGGAGACCUGGAGUUUUU